AAAUAAUAUGAAAACUUCAAUCAUCUAAAGUUAUCAAGAACAAAUCAAUUAAUAAGAGAAAGUAAAAAUCAGGAAGAAGGGAGGAUCACCACCAUGAGUGACAUAAAGCAUACAAGGAUUCAAACAAAUGGGAUAUGGAUGCACAUAGCAGAGAAAGGCCAAGGACCUCUUGUUCUUCUCAUUCAUGGCUUUCCUCAGCUUUGGUCUUGCUGGAAUUACCAGAUUAAUCACUUGGCUGCACAUGGCUUUCAUGUGGUUGCUCCAGAUAUGCGAGGCUAUGGCGACUCUGAUUGCCCUCAGAACCCCGCAUCUUAUACAGUUUUCCACCUUGUUGGAGAUUUGAUUGGCCUGCUAGACAAGCUUGGAGAAGAACAGGAAUUGGGAACUAACAGGAGGAUGGCAAGGAGCCAAAAUCAGAGUGCCUACAAAAUUCAUCACGGGUGACAAAAAUCCAGGCUAUCAAUCAUUUGGGAUAAAAGAUUACAUACAAGGAGAAGAAUUUAAGGCCCUUGUACCUGACAUUGAAGUAGUCAUAAUCCAGGAUGGACAUCAUUUUGUACACCAAGAGAAAGCUGAGCAAGUUACUGAUGAAAUUCUGUCCUUUUUUCACAGAGAAAAUUUAUCACUUUCUAUGACCAAUAAUUUCACUUGUAGAAAGUUAAAUUCAUGAAUGCAUGAAUGUUAGGUUUGAAUGCAGCUUUUUAUGAGGCCCAUCAUUCUGAGUUUUUAUUGUGCUGAGCUUUUGUUGUGGUCCUUGAGAAAGAAUUAUGAUAAUGGUACUUACAAGUGUGAGGAGCUUUUAUAGAUCUUCAAUAUAUUGGUGAAAGUUCAAGCUAAUAAGAAUGUAUUAUGUCAAACGAAUAUGAUAUACAUGUA